AUGCAUCCACAAAACAUCUCAACAUCUCAGCCGCCCCCCGCUACUCGCGGGCAGACAUUCAACGACAUUCGUUACAAGGGCGUGGGGUUACAGACAUGCGUACCUUCCGCGAAAGUUCGCUGCAACAGGCCGUGCAACUCGACGGCGGGGACGGACGGCCGGUAUCUGGUGCCCAUCCGGUGCACGGCGGCGACGAGCCUGCGACGCGUGACGACGCCGUAUUGUGCGAGCAAUGCGAUCACGCGGGUGCAGUGCUGCCUCAAAUGCGUGAAUGCGGGGGCGUGCGCCUACUGGCAACAUAUCAUACCACCCAGCCCGGUGUGCGCAGGCUGCGGCAUGUGCGUCAUCUACCCCGCGGCGGCGGCGGCGCCCACGUGCGCCACGGCCAACAUCACGGUCAAGAAAGUCAUUCGCUUGAACGCCAAUGUCUCCACUGUCGGCACCCCCUGCGGCAGCACCAAAAACGACCCGCACUUCCGCGGCGCGCACGGCACGCGGUUCGAGUUCAACGGCGCGCCGGAGAAGUCGUACUGCCUGCUGACGGACUCGAGCCUGCACGUGAACAUGAAGAUGCGCGGGUACUACGACACGCGCACCAUCGGCGCGUCUCUGCUGCGCAACGGGCUGGCUGUGCGCACGUGGAUCCGCGAGCUGGGGGUCGUCUGGCGGGAGCCUUUCGCGGAGGGCGCGCGGAUGGCGGAAGCCGCAGGGGGAACGGAGGCGGCGCAAGGAGAAGACGAAGCGGAAGAAGAGGCGGAAGGGGAACGGGAAGGCGGAAGCGGGGUAGCGGAGUUGCCUUUGGGAGGGCCGCGGCGGAAGCACACGCUACGGCUGGUGGCGAGGGACGGGAAGGGGCAGGGGCGAACGGAGGGCGGGCGACUCCUACGACUGGUGGAGCUGGAUGGAAAGGCGAUGCCGGAAUUAGAAGUAAGUCGAGGGGGCAGUGUGCAAGUGGCCGGGGAUAGGGGGGCGAGAAGGAGGGGGUGUGGGAAUGGGAUACUUCGGGAGGAGUGGUAA